AUGCUCAGAUUAUCCUCAAACUCCUCAGAUUAUCCUCAGACUACUCCUCAAACGCCUCAGUCUAAUCCUCAGACUACUCCUCAAACUCCUCAGAUUAUCCUCAAACUACUCUUCGGUCUAAUCCUCAGACUCCUCCUCAGAUUAUCCUCAGAUUAUCACUUUACAUAUAUAUAUCGAUAA